GCCGAACUAGUGGUUCCCCACCAUGAUGUCCGUCCUCCACCACGCCCUCCCCACACGGGCUAGCAGCCGCCACCUUCCCGUACAUCUGCAUCAACGUCCGAACCAGCCCCUCGCAUGCGGGUGGAUGCUCCCCGUUUCUCAGGCGACGAUCCUACCAGGUGGAUUUUUCGGAUUCAGAAGUACUUUGAUUAUUUCCUUACACCGGAACCCGAACGACUCCAACUCGUUGCUAUGCUCAUUGAUCAUCCGGCGUCCGAAUGGUUCCACUAUUAUAUGGCCAAUAACUUCGGGGCGUCGUGGGAUGCGUUCUUGCUCGCGGUCCAACAACGGUUUGAUCCCCACUACUAUGAGAACUAUGUCGGCCUUCUCUCAAAGCUGACUCAAACCACUUCGGUCAUGGAAUAUGAGACAGCUUUUGAGUCCAUACUCAAUAAAGUCUUGGGAGUUCUAGAACCAAAGUUGAUCUCCAUGUUCGUCGCAGGGCUCCGCCAACCUAUUCAACGUGAGGUCAAUCUCCGGAAUCCAGCCUCCGUGCCAGCCACCUUUACCUUGGCCCGGGAAUUAUCGGCAUGCCACGCCGAAGCCGCAGCCACCUAUACCCGGGCUCUUCGCCGCCAGUGGCCUCCUCGGCCGCCGCCGCCGUCCCCCACUUCAGCCGGCCUCUUGCCCACACCUGGGUCGGGAAGCACCAGUACCGCCCCUCCUCCCCGGCCACCGGAUCGGUCCCCAAUUUCCCGGUUGCCCGUGGUUCGUGUGACCAACGCCGAGAAGACCGAACGUUCUAAGAAAGGGCUCUGUUGGUACUGUGAUGAAAAAUGGGAUGCCAGCCAUAAUUGUCAACGGCGGUUUCUCGUUCUCAUGGGCCCCGAGGACGACGACACCACCGCUUCCGUAACCAGUCCGCCCCCCGACGAGGACGAUACCCCUCUACUCUCCGGGGAUAUCUCUAGCAUCCUCUCCCUUGCCGGAAGCCCGAGCCCUCGUUCACUAAAAGUUGCCGGAUCAGUCCACAAUAACGCCGUACAGGUGCUCUUGGACAGCGGGAGUACGCAUAACUUCAUCCACCCUAGCGUGGCGGAACGUUUGGCAUUGGUUAUUCAUCCGGUCUCCCCAUUCCGCGUAUACGUGGGUAACGGUGACUCCCUCCGCUGCUCGUACUCUUGUCCGCAGGCGGCUCUCCUUUUCCAAGGCAACCUCUUCAGUAUUGACCUCUACCUCCUGGAGAUCCACGGCCCGAAUAUCGUCUUGGGCGUCCAAUGGCUUCAAAUGCUCAGGAAAGUGACUCAUGAUUACGCCAAGAUGACCAUGGAGUUUACUUGGCACGGGGAACUCCAUCCGGACACCGAGAAGAUCAAGGCCAUGCUUGACUGGCCGAAACCCAUUGCCAUCAAACACCUUCGGGGAUUUCUCGAGCGCCUCAAAACCACCAUGACUAUGGCACUGGCGCUACGUCUCCCGGAUUUCUCACAAACUUUUUAUUUGGAGACCGAUGCAUCUGACACAGGGGUGGGCGCCGUACUCCUCCAGCAGGGCCAUUCACUCGCGUUCUUCAGCAAGAAACUCGGGCCGCGACGGCGGGUGGCUUUGAUAUACCACAAGGAAUUAUACGCCAUUAUGGAGGCGGUCCAAAAGUGGCGUCAAUAUCUUUUGGGUCGGGAGUUUGUUAUCCGCAGCGAUCAACGUAGUCUCAAGGAGUUGCUCUCCCAGGUCAUUCAAACGCCGGAUCAGCAAUUUUAUGUACGGAAGCUCAUGGGCUACAAGUUCCGUAUCAAAUACAAGACCGGCGCUUCAAACCGGGCCGUCGACGCUCUCUCCCGCCGAGAGGAGGAUCCCGAGGUCGCUUCUCUCCUACUCCAUGAUAUUCAACACGAAAACACCACAACGGACGACCUCGGAGAAUUGCAUGCCGCGGUUACUGCCGGGACGACCCCUCCCCAUUUUUCAGAACAUCACGGCCUGCUCUACUUCAAAUGCAGGCUACUUCUUAGUGCGGCCUCCACCCUUCGGCAGCAGCUACUACACGAGUAUCACGCCACACCGUUGGCCGAGCAUCAAGGCGUGGAGCGCACAUUCCGAAGGUUGGCCGACGAGUUUUAUUGGCCAGGCAUGCGGGACGAUGUUCGCCGUUUUGUGGCUUCCUGUGAGGUCUGCCAGACGACAAAAUAUUCCACACGCAAGCCAGCCUCGUUGCUUCAACCCCUACCUAUCCCCGAUCAGGUGUGGGAGUCAGCCUCCAUGGACUUUAUUAUGGUGGUAGUGGAUUGCCUCACCAAAUACUCACAUUUUGGGACUCUGGCCACCGGUUUCGAUGCCUCAAAGACCAAAAAAAACCAAAACGGAAGAAAAGCUAAAGUGCAAGUGUCGAUCGAAGAAACCAGAAACGUCAAGAAAGGACCGGAAGAAACAAGAGAGCCGAGUCGCCGCCUCCACCGCCAGACGCCAGGUCGCCGACCUGCACGCCUCCACCCUGCAGGUAAUGGAAAUUUCUUAGGUCUCAUUGAGAUGUUACAAGAGUUUGAUCUAGUUAUUCGAGAGCAUGUGCGACGAAGCACAAAUGAUGAGCUUCAUGUGCUUUAUCUCGGGCACAAGAUCCAGAAUGAAUUAAUACUUGAUUUAGCCCAAGAGAUUAAGAAGGAAAUCACCAAGAAGAUAAAGGAAGCCAAGUACUACUCAAUCAUACUUGAUUGUACCCCUGAUACAAGUCACCAAGAGCAGAUGAGUAUGAUAGUGAGGUAUUUAAACUUCUCAGGUAAUUCUAUUACUGUGGAAGAGUCCUUUUUAGGCUUCUUGAAUGUUAAUCAUACCACCGAAAAAGGACUAUUUGAUGUCACAAUUGAGGAGUUAAAGUCUCUUGGUCUUGAAAUUGAUGAUAUUCAUGGUCAAGGUUAUGAUAAUGGGGCAAAUAUGAAAGGAAAGCACCAAGGAGUUCAAAAAACAUUUUUGGAUGUCAAUCUUAGAGCAUUUUACACUCCUUGUGGUUGUCAUUCUCUUAAUCUUACAUUAUGUGAUAUGGAUCAGAGUUGUGUUAAAGGGAAGAAUUUUUUUGGAGCCAUCCAAAAACUUUAUAUUAUCUUUGCACAUUCAAUUAAUCGGUGGCAAAUUUUGAAAGAUAAUGUUAAAGGUUGGAGUCUUAAGCCAUUAUCUCAAACUCGUUGGGAAAGUUGUGUUGAGAGUAUUAAGGCCAUUAGAAUGCAACUUUCCGAUGUACGAGAAGCUUUGCUUGAAGUUGAAGAAAAAGAUAGUGAUAAUACAAUUGUUCAUACAGCAAAGUCACUAACAGAAAAUCUUAGCAAAUUUUAGAUUUUGGUAUCAAUUAUUAUUUGGUAUCAAAUAUUAAACCAGGUAAAUAUAGUGAGCAAGAAGUUACAAUCAAAAGAUAUGCAUCUUGAUAUUUCUAUUGAAGAGAUAAAUGGAUUGAUUGACUACUUCAAGGGUUAUAGAGAAAUUGGUUAUUCAAAAGCAAUUGAUGAAGCAAAGGAAAUAGCUACUGAAAUGGAUAUACCUCCGAUAUUUCCAGAAAUAGCGUUUGAUUCGAAGGAAAAAAAGAGUUAAUGAGAGUUCAAGUAGCAAAGAAGUUCCAUUUACAAAUGAAGAGAAUUUCAGGGU